UGCCCUUCCUUCACGCGAUACUUAUAUUCCUCCCCGUCGGAAAUUCCAUCACAACUUCUAGGGCCGAAUUCGCGGUCGUUUUCCGUAGUUCUGUUUUGGCCUCCCGUUGCUCAGUAGAACCGCCACACCACAGUCGUGACUCCUCGUUUUAUUCCUACAAGCGACUACCAAUUACCGCGCUGACCUUUUCUCCCCGCAUCACAAGUAGUACACUCAGUGACCAUGAGUCCCCACACAAGUUUGCCCAUCCCUAGUAGGCUCCCUAGCAGGCAUGCGUCCCUCCUAAUCGUCCUCCCUCUUCAAGCAGUCUUCCUAGCGUUACUCGCCGUCGCGCCUUGCGACGCGCACGUGCAGGUCACUCCACCUGACCAAGUCCCCGUGAUGACCCAGAAGGACCUCCUUAAAGUAAUUUCCAAAACGGAGUUGAAAGAAAUCGAGGCGCAGAUCCAGUCCGCCCUCGCUAAUUUCACAACGGACGGGGUAAACUCGACGCGGAAAAAGGGGGGCCACAAGCGCAAGAGCGGCAAGAGCAAGGGACACCGAUCCGGCAAUAAAGGAAGAACCCACGGCAAGGGAAGCUCGUCAACAGUUCCAGAUAUUGGCACGGUCUUGGGUUACGAUGGCAACAACGAAUCUGGUAACGGAGUGAACGAGAUUGUAACGCUGCCCACUGGGCCCGGCAGCAACGGCCCCGUUAAAGGCAUGGCGCGCGCCCAGAGCGUUCUGCUCCAGCUUUCUUAUAUCGAAGCGACGCUCGGUACGGCGUCGAGGCGCGCGGAGGAGACGAGCUCGUGCGGAAAGCUACUGUAUCGGGCGCACUUCCAGAUUCCAAAAGCGAUCGACUUAGCCGAAAAAGGCGCGCUCGUCAAAGCGGGCUGGAAAAUCGCGUUCGCGCGGUCGCUUCUCGAGGAGUGCCUUAGCGCGGAUCCGCACUCGGCGGUGGCGGAGCUCGCGGAGGCGGCGCGGACGGCGACAAACCUUGUGAUGCCGGAUCUGAAGAAGAACGACAACGCCAACUGGCAGCGGCUGCAGUGGCUCAAGGAUCGCGAGGUGGAUCCGAUCGACACCAACGGCGAAGCUGAGCCGUUGGAUCCGCUGGAGAUCGACUACUGCGAGAAGUUCUCGGAAGUGAACGGCAACGAUGCGAAGAUUCGGGUCGACACGACGACCCCUUGCCGCGGCAGCCGCGUGCGGUCAGACGUGCAGUACCCGUCGGGCAUCUUCAGCGCGCGCAUCAAGUGCCCCAAGGGCGACAUCAGCGGCUUGGUGCAAUCCUACUAUUUGUCCUCGUUAGAAGGCAGUCGCGAUCAGGACGAGAUCGACUUCGAGUUCUUAGGAAAAGACAAGUGGCAGGUGCAGACGAAUUACUACGUGAACGGCAAGGGCGGGCGCGAGGUGCUCAUCCCGCUAGGGUUCGACUGCUCGUCGGACUUCCACGAGUACACCAUCUUCUGGAACAACCAGCAAAUCAUCUGGCAGAUUGACGGCAAGGUGGUGCGCGUGGCAAAGCGCAAGGAGGGGGAGCCGUACCCCGUGAAGCCCUCGUAUGUGUACGCGUCGAUAUGGGACGCGAGCUACGUGCUCGAUGGCCGCUGGUCGGGCGACUGGCGCGGCUGGGACGUGCCUUACAUUGGCGAGUACGAGGACUUGAAGGUGGUCUCUCCAGCACCCGAUGUCUCCUGGUAACCCACACAACACAAGAACACCAUUCCACCGGAGCAGGAAAAGCGGGCGGGGAGGCAGGAGGAGCAGACGGAGCAUUGCAGAAUAAUGGCUUGCCUUCUCCGGCCAAGUAAAAGGGAAAGCGACAUGCGCUAGAGUGGCCCCGGCCCCACCAACGCUGCACAACACUGGGCCAAUAAGGACAGCCAAUAUAGCCACAAGGUAGUUAUGAAGUGGGCUAUCCGAAGGGAAGCAAUGCAUGUAGGAACAGUGUAUGUGGAGUGCAGUUUCAAGGCGGCCUUCCUCAGGCUAAGUAGGGCACCUCUGUCUGGUAUUGCACUUGGUAGUGUAGCAAGAUUGUAGCAAUAGUAACUCUUACUUCAAUAGCCUAACAGCGAGAAACAAGCAUGAUCUUAUUGAACACACAA